AUGACGGUGUCGGAGGCAACGCUCAAGACUGUGUUCCAGCAUCUGGAAGAUCGACCCUUGCGCUCGAAGCUAUUGGGGCAACAUCUUCAGGUGCCCUACUCUAUCUGUUUCGAGUGGGACACCGCGACAUGUCGACUAUCGCGUGCAGAGGCACUGGGUGACGCCGUUGAUGCGCGUGUUCGGGAGUCUGGCGGAUGUGGCAUCGGUGUUGAAGCACGUUCUAAUUACAUGUGA